CACAGAUGCUGCAGGUGCCAUGAGCUCUCCAGAUGGGCCAAGCUUCCCAUCAGGGCUCCUCUCUGGGGGCACCUCCCCCGGUGGCAAUGAGGGCUUCUUCCCCUUUGUGCUGGAGCGGAGGGACUCAUUUCUUGGAGGGGGCCCAGGGCCUGAGGAGCCUGAGGACCUGGCCUUGCAACUGCAGCAGAAAGAGAAAGACCUGCUGUUGGCAGCAGAACUUGGCAAGAUGCUUCUGGAGCGCAAUGAGGAGCUUCGGUGGCAGCUGGAAAUGCUGAGUGCCCAGCACUCGGAGCGUGAGGAACGGCUCCAGCAGGAGAACCAUGAGCUCCGCCGGGGCCUGGAAGCCCGGGGGGCUGAGUGGGAAGCCAGGGCUGUAGAGCUGGAAGGGGAUGUGGAAGCUCUGCGGGCCCAGCUGGGGGAGCAGCGCUCAGAGCAGCAGGACAGUGGGCGUGAGCGGGCACGGGCCCUCAGUGAACUCAGUGAGCAGAACCUCCGGCUCAGCCAGCAGCUGGCCCAGGCCUCCCAGACUGAGCAGAAGCUUCACAGAGAACUGGAAACCAUUCGGGGGCAGUGCCAGGCUCAUGCCCUGGCCGGGGCAGAGCUGAGGACACAGCUGGAAAGUUUGCAGGGAGAGAACCAGAUGCUGCAGAGCCGUCGACAGGACCUGGAGGCCCAGAUUAAUGGCUUGCAUGAGGAGGUGGAGAAGGGCCAGGGAAGACUCCAGGCCACCCAUGAGGAAUUGCUGCUGCUGCGCCGGGAGAAGCGGGAGCACAGCCUGGAGCUGGAACGAGCACAAUCCGAAGCCAGGGAGGCACUGAGUGCACUGCGAAGGUUGCAGAGGCAUGUCUCAGAGCUGGAGGAGGAGUCACGCCUCCAGGACGCUGACAUGUCAGGUGCCUCACUACAGUCAGAGCUGGCCCACAGCCUGGACAGAGAUCAGGGCCAGGACAUGGACACUCAUGGAGAUGCCCUGACCACCCUGUCUCCAGAGACCCAAGAGAAGUCCAGCUGCAAGCCCUCACCCCAGGAAGACAGCUUAGAGCCCCCCAAAGAGCAAGUAUCUCUGAGCCCAGCGGAGAUACUGGAGGAGAAGGAGGCAGAAGUGGCCAGGCUACAGGAUGAGAUUGCGCUGCAGCGGGCAGAGCUGCAGUCCCUACAGGAAGAGCUACAAAGGCAGAAGGAACUGCGAGCGCAAGACAACCCAGAAGAGGCUCUGAACGGCGCCCUCUUGGAUCGGGACGAGGCUGUGAACAAGGCCCUGGCACUGUCCAUGGAGCUUAGCCGCAUCUCGGUGGAACGAGACUCUCUCUCCCGGGAGCUGAUGCGCGCCAUCCGCCAGAAGGUGGCGCUUACGCAGGAGCUGGAGGCCUGGCAGGACGACAUGCAGGUGGUGAUCGGGCAGCAGCUGCGCUCCCAACGCCAGAAAGAGCUCAGUGCGGCCUCAUCGUCGACCCCUCGCCACACUGCGCCCCGAUUCUCACUACGCCUGGGUCCUGGGACCGCUGGCACCUUCCUCAGCAACCUCUUCCGAAGGACCUGAGGGCUGGGCCUAGAGGCCUGCCCUUGGCCAUUCUGGGGCACACUUUCCUCCUCUGGGCAAUGGAGCAACAGGGCCCAGACUGUCUUCCCAUCGGGGCUGCUGCAGUCCCUGCCUCAGGAGGCUGGGCAGGAGCUCAGCACGAGCAGGGGCCAGCUUUAGGGGCCAGAGGCCCCAGUAGGUAGCGGGGGCAAGUGGGGCAGAGCAGUCUAUUUUUGGAAUCUCUA